GUAGCAUACCACCAAGUCAUGACAAGGGACAGCACCGAGGCGACAUCCGAGGAGGAGAGGGUGCGGAAACGUGUGUACUUUAGAGAACGCAAGCGCAUUCUCCGCAUCAAGCAAAUAGCGGACCGACAAGACUUGGAAGGUACAAUCAUGGAACUGACCGAGCGGCUCCAAAUGUUGCAGCUACGAAGUCGCGCACUGCGGACGCCGCCGACUCCAUUGUCAUAUCUCCAGUGGAAGGACGUCGCCGCAGCCAUUCAAGAGGGCCGGAACGAAUCGAUUGCCGACCACCGCAAGUUGAAUCAGCUCGUGUUUGUAUCCAAAUCCACCAUCGAAAGCAUGAAGCGAUGGGUUGAGUCAUCGUUCGCACCUGUGGCCGCCUCGCUAGACCCACAUCGCGAGUCCUGGCGCCACUCAACCCUCCUCGCCCCCGCUGAGACGAGGAACCUCGGCAAAGAGUGGAUUGUGUUGCAACUGUACCAUAACACCGCCGCGAUGUUGGCGAAAUUUGACUUCCCUCCCCAUCCCACCGACCUCCACGACGCCACGUUUGAGUUUGAAGCGGAGCAGCAUGUGCAAUAUCAACGGCGGUGGCAGACUGGGUUUCCCCAGGACAUGGCUACGAUGCUCAGAGUGUUCCGCGAUCACUUUCCUUCCAUUUGUCUCUUGGACGAGCUGUAUCCAGUGUCUACGAGCCAAACCAUUCGGGAACCAAACACGUGGACCCAACUGCAUCAACUCGAAACUCACCACCACCACCGCCAAGAAUGGGUGAAUGCAUUGACGGGCCAAUUCGUAUCUGAUGACCGGUGUGUGCUGGUGGCUCGGCAGAUCCAGCAAGACGACUCGAUCACUCUACCGAUAAACCAUCCGCAGCGAAACAUGCUCUAUUGGUAUGACUUCCAAUGACAGCUCUCUCGCCCCGACACCACCGGCGUCCCCCACUAACGCUCCGAAGGCUACCUACCUGUACACAUGUUUACAACCCCGUGACUACUAGGUUGGAGCUGAUCCCGGACGGCGGCGGCGGUUGCCGCAUGAGGUCUCUGUUUGUCAUGUCGCAUCGACUGAACAACGACAGAUCGUUUGUCUCGUUCGACGAAGAAGCGAGAGAUGGAUGGGGGUGUGACCUCCAAGGGGUACCCGUGGGACAGCGCGAGGCUGUGUUUCGACGGCACGGCGCCGCACGCGCGAAGGUGCUGCAGGCUGAAUUGGAGCGACGGCUCCAGAAUCACAUUCACGCAGUAGUAGCGGCAGCUAUAAGGGAAACAUAGAUACUAAUGCCAAACACUUGGCCUUUAAGAACACCAAACUCUAUUUUGGUCACGA